AUAAAAAAACUGUCAUAAACUACUUGAAUCGAAUAAUCUUCAUGAAUAUAAAAAACCAAAAGUGAAAUGAACAAAUUUGUUGAGAAACCCAAUAUUGCCACAUCCACUAUCUGAUUAGAGAAUAAACAAUAGCAACUCUGUUUUUGAGAAAGCGGCAAACUUAACUGAAAACAAUACUGCUAUGGAACACGUCAGGUAUUUCGGCCGCUGUCAUUUAACUCAUAGAUAUCAGUUGGUAUAAAAGUUGGGAAAGUUCUAGGAUUUUUUAAGUGUAAUCUACCAUAUUUUGAGAUUUUCAAUCUUGAAUAUUUCAAUAUAAAGCAUUAAAAGAUUGUUACCUAGCUGGUGGAAAACUUAAGAAUAUACAGUAUUUUUUAUUACUGAGUAUACGAAAGCACCGGCAAGAACAUGUUAGCCAACACAAGUAUCAAUCAUGAUACUGCACGCCGACAGCGGAGUACCACGUCAUUAACAUGUAUUUUACGCUUAUUUACAACCGCCUACCUGCUGAUAUUGGCUAGCAGACACAUAUCUGGCAUAAAUGCUGCGGCUGUAAUGUCUGUGGAUCUAGGUACAGAAUGGAUGAAAGUUGGUGUAGUUUCACCCGGCGUACCAAUGGAAAUAGCGCUUAAUAAAGAAUCGAAACGUAAAACACCUGCUUUAUUAGCAUUUCGGGAUGGUUUGCGCACAUUUGGUGAAGAUGGUGUGACUGUCGGCAUACGUGAACCAGCUGCUGCUUAUGGUUAUUUACUCGACUUGUUGGGCAAGACAAUAGAAAACCCAAUUGUUGAUUUGUACAGGAAACGUUUCCCUUAUUAUGAAAUAAUUGAGGAUCCCAAGCGCAACACAGUAAUUUUUAGAAAAAGUGAUUCGGAGCAGUUUUCUGUUGAAGAAUUAAUUGCGCAAAUACUAGUUAAAGCUAAAGAGUUCGCACAGGAAUCCACUUUGCAGCAUAUAACCGAAUGCGUUCUUACUGUCCCCGGGUAUUUUGGACAGGCCGAACGUGAGGCUUUGUUGACUGCUGCCGAAUUGGCUAAUCUGAAAGUUUUGCAAUUGAUCAAUGACUAUACUGCAGUUGCUCUUAACUAUGGAGUAUUUCAUCGAGCAGAGAUUAAUGAGACUGCGCAAUAUUUUGUUUUUUAUGACAUGGGGGCGUACAAAACAUCGGCAGCCGUAGUCAGUUAUCAGUUAAUGAAAGACAAAGUAACAAAAGAAACGAAUCCGGUUAUUCAGGUGUUAGGUGUGGGUUACGAUCGAACUUUGGGUGGUUUAGAGCUUCAACUUCGUCUUCGUGACUAUUUAGCUGCUGAAUUCAAUGCCAUGAAGAAAACUAAGACUGAUGUCACCAACAACCCUCGUGCACUUGCCAAACUAUUCAAAGAAGCGGGCCGUGUUAAGAAUGUACUUUCAGCGAAUAAUGAUCAUUUUGCUCAAAUAGAGAAUUUACUGGAAGAUCUAGAUUUCAAACUGCAAGUAACUCGUGAAAAAUUAGAGGAACUCGGUGCAGAUUUAUGGCCAAGAGUUGUAAAGCCACUUGAACAAGCUCUUUCCGCCUCUGGACUUUCAUUGGAUACUAUUUCCCAAGUUAUAAUUUUUGGUGGUGGUACACGUGUACCCAAAGUUCAAGAAAUCCUAAAGCAAGCCAUUAAACAAGAAUUGGGUAAGAGCUUGAAUGCUGACGAGGCAGCUACUAUGGGCGCAGUAUACAAAGCUGCAGAUUUAGCAACUGGAUUCAAAGUAAAAAAAUUCGUUGUGAAGGACGCUGUUAUAUUUCCAAUUCAAGUUACUUUCGAACGCGAUCCUGGUGAUGGCAGUGCAGUUCGUCAAGUAAAGCGUGUACUCUUUAGCCAAAUGAACUCUUAUCCGCAGAAAAAAGUUAUUACUUUCAACAAGCACACCGAAGAUUUUGACUUUAAUGUUCAUUAUGGCGACUUAAGUCAUUUGUCUGCCCAAGAAAUUUCCUAUAUUGGUUCUUUAAACAUAUCUCGCGUGGAAUUAGAAAGAGUGAAGGAAUUGAUUGAGAAAAACCAAAAUGAAAUGAUCGAAUCUAAGGGUAUUAAGGCUUACUUUACCUUAGAUGAUUCAGGCAUAUUUCAUUGUGCUGGUGUGGAAUACGUUUAUGAGAAACAAAAGGAAGACGAAGGAACAUUAGCUAAGCUUGGCAGCACCAUAAGCAAACUUUUCUCAAAAGAUGAUGCAAAAGACACCGAAAAUAGUGUGAGCGAAGAUACUGAGAAAAUAGAUCCUACAAAGUCUGAAGGUGAAACAGCUGAGAAGAAAGAUGAAAAAGAUAUUAAAAGCACCAAUAAAACUGAGGAAACUAAAUUAGGCGACGAAAAAGACAAAAGUUUUAAAAAUGCCACCAUUAAAUUAGUUACGAUUAAAGAGCCGGUGUCACAUAAAAUAACACAACUCAUCACUAUCCCCCUAACAGGUGAAGCAUAUGAAAAAUCUGUAGAAAAAUUGUCGUCCAUUAAUGCCGCGGAAUCCAUACGCAAUCGCCUAGAGUCUUCUUUGAAUGCUCUUGAAUCACAUGUAAUUGAAAUACAACAAAAAUUAGAUGAAGAAGAGUAUUCUUCUUGUGCUUCAUCAGAAGAAAAAGAAAAAAUUCUUGAAUUGUGCUCUACAAUAUCCGAUUGGCUUUAUGAGGAUCAUGAAAACCCUACGCCUGAAAUGUAUGAGGAACGUUUAAAAGAAUUGAAAAAACUUACAAAUGUCUUCUUUUCACGUCAUUGGGAACACUCAGAACGUCCAGAAGCAUUGAAGGCACUGGACGGUAUGAUUGAUGGCGCAAAGAAAUUUCUUGACAAUGCUAAAAAUUUAACCAAAGAAUCAAACCCUGAAAAAGAUGUAUUCACACAAGUCGAAAUCGAAACACUCAGCAAAGUAAUAGGUGAAACCAGUGACUGGAAAAAGUCUGAAAACAAGGCUCAACAGCAACUACAACGCCACGAUGAAGUUCGCUUGACAGUUAAAGACAUAACUGAUAAAAUGUCCCUACUUGACCGUGAGGUAAAAUAUAUGGUUAACAAACUAAAGAUCUGGAAGCCUAAAGUAAAGCCAAGUAAAAAACCUAAAAAGGACAACAAAACUGAAACCAACGAGACAAGUGGUGAAGAGGAGAGUGCGUCUGAUGCCAAUAAUGAGGAACAAACUAAAGAGGAAGGACCUGAAUCUGAAAACACAGUAAAUGAGAAAGAAGGUUAUACCGAAGAUAAGGAAGAUAAGACAAGACAAAAGCCGUCAAAUACGGAAGAACACACUCCGCGCUCCGAUUUGUAAGAGUUUGAGAACUGAACAGUAUGUGAUAGUUCAUAUAUUACCGUUUGCAGGUCUAAUAGUGCUAAGUGAAUGACUGCAUGAAACUCAAAAACUUUUUAGUAAACAGCUAUUCACUUCACAAAUUAUUAUAAAGAAAACAAAAAGUAAGCCUUUUCCAUUCCACCCCAAAUCCGUUUAAAAUGUCAAAAUUGACGUCUCUCUAAAGCUAAGCUAGAUUGUUUACGUAUUUCUAAAAUGUAUCUUAAAUUACUACUCUCAGAACUCAUUUAUCACUGCAGAUAACACUAAGAGAUAGGUAUCCGUGCCCUAAACUUUUUUUAUAUGCAAAAAGGGUCUGCAUUUUAAAACAUAAAAAGCACACUUAGUUUAAUUUUUAUAUUCUACAACAGAUAUUGUUCUUGCUAUGUAUCUAAUUUAUUAUAAAAGUAAUGUUCAGAAAGUGAAAAAUAUAUGUCUGAAUAUGUACGAAUCUUUUAGACCAUUCUGUAAUUUGAAUUACAAUAAUUUAUUUUGGAUUAUAAGUUUAUAGCAACAAAUUUAAAAAUAUGUGUACAAAAAGAUAAAUAUGCAAUUUUAAUUUAAACGAUUUGAAAGGUCUUUUUCAUAAUUUGAUUCGAAAAACAUCCAGAUCAAUAUGCAUGCAUGUCUCCCUGUUGUUGUUCAAAUGUAUUUAUGGAAAACACUUAUAACUCCCAUACAAUUGUUACCGAAUUUAUUAUGUUUUAAAUAUUUUCGAAAGCAAAGUAGAUUUUUUGAUAAAAACAAUUGUCAACUUUUAAAACAUUUGAGCCGCAUUUUAAAGUUUGUCGCAGGGGCAACCCUGUCAAUUGGUUUAAAAAUUGUGUGCUAUUACAAAAAAUAAAUCAAGUUUCGUGAUAA